AUAUAUAACAGUGUCAUUGUGGCCAACCAUGAAUAGUUGCACGCGACAGCACGUCGAGUGAACAUGAUCAAGCUAAUUUUUCUCUACCUCUACCUCUCCAUGUACGGAGCACUCGGUCAUCCCGUUCAGACGUUCCAAGUCCUGGAUGACAUCGACAACGAAGCCGAAAUCAUUGAGGCGGAAGAGAAUCUCUACGAGAAGCGGCUCCCAGUGAUUCGAUUGGCGGUACCAAACUCUUACAGCGGACUUCACGGCACAAUGAACUUGGGCGAACGCGUUCAGGUACCGCAACAAUAUGCCCAUCUGCACGGUUUGAUGAAUUUGGAGGAGAAGGCGAUUCCCGAAGUAGUCAUUUCAAAAUUGUCUGCAUCAAGGCAUCCAAAAUUCGAGGUCGAGCAAAUACAAAUCUAAUUCAAAACCAAUUCACUUAUCAUAUACUUAUAAUAAUAUUAAAAAUUGAACGAGAGUCUGAUUGACCGAAGUCAUGUGUAGUCUGUAUAUCGAUAAUCUUGAUGUCUCUUCUUAG